AUGAUGGAUUGCCUGUGCAGAGCGCCACGCCAGGUGCAAUGCCGUGUCGUGCUUCUGGAUGAGACUGAUUUCUACCAUGAAUUACAGGACGACAGCACAGGACAAUCUUUGUUGGAUGCUGUUUUUGAACGUCUAAAUUUGUUGGAAACUGCAUACUUUGGCUUACGUUACCUGGAUGAAGAUGAACAAACGCAUUGGCUUGAUCCUGCGAAGAAAUUAUCAAAACAAUUGCGCAAUACUUUGGAUCAGUUUGUUUUCUAUUUCGGAGUGAAGUUUUAUGCUGCGGACCCCUGCAAACUCUUAGAAGAAAUUACAAGAUAUCAGUUAUUCCUGCAAGUCAAGCAAGAUAUCUUACGUGGAAGAUUGCCGGUAUCAUUUGAUUUAGCUGCAGAACUUGGUGCAUACAUCGUUCAAUCUGAACUAGGCGAUUAUGAUCCAAGACGUCAUUCACCAGGUUAUGUUUCCGAAUUUCGAUUUCUAUCGAAUCAAACUCAAGAGUUGGAGACGAGGAUUGCUGAACUUCACAAAUCACUGGCAGGGCAAGUUCCGUCACAAGCUGAACUUAGUUAUCUGGACAAAGUGAAAUGGCUCGAUAUGUAUGGAGUAGAUCUACAUCCUGUUUUGGGAGAAGAUAAUGUGGAGUAUUUCCUCGGUCUGACACCGAGUGGGAUCAUUGUUCUGAGGAGUAAGCAUACCGUAGCGAAUUACUACUGGCCCCGCAUAGCCAAGAUAUACUUCAAAGGGAAGUACUUCAUGCUACGAGUAUGCGACAAAAACAACGAUUGCAGCACUUAUGGCUUCGAGACCCCAUCAAAAGCGGCAUGCAAACAUUUGUGGCGGUGCUGUGUGGAACAUCAUGCAUUCUUUCGCCUGGUCGUGGUUUCACCCACAACACCGGAUAUAUUCGCACUCGGUUCCAGGUUCAGAUACAGUGGCAGAACAGAGAGGCAAGCAGUAAAAGAUGCACAAGCGCAGUGGCGUACGCCACCUGCGUUCAAUCGUACUCCGUCAAGAAGGCAACAAAGACGAAUUGUUGAAGGAGCUGUUGAUGCGCCUAAAAUGGAAGAAACGAAGCAAACCAGCGAAAUUAAGCAGAUAUCAAUACCACAGCCUGCGAUCUCGUUCGAAAGCCCAUAUCGUUCGACAUGUUCCAUUCCGGCCUCUCUUGGAACCUCCGUGUCGACCCACAGACCGCGGGCGAACGGCGGCGGUGAUUCCCCUCGCAGCACUCGCAGUGCGCCAUGGACUCAGCCGCACACUGCGCGCGGUCUGUUCGGUCCAGCGCCGCCUAGUCCGCGUUCCGUGCGAUCCGGCCGUUCGAGCGGCACUGCAACGGGAGCAGGAAGGCAUUACACGCCAGCAGGUCAAGAUUCCAGACACAGGUCGAGUUCGGUUGACAGUCAAAGCUCUAAUGACUCCAGGAGCUGUAGAAGUGGCAGAACAGAGAGGCAAGCAGUAAAAGAUGCACAAGCGCAGUGGCGUACGCCACCUGCGUUCAAUCGUACUCCGUCAAGAAGGCAACAAAGACGAAUUGUUGAAGGAGCUGUUGAUGCGCCUAAAAUGGAAGAAACGAAGCAAACCAGCGAAAUUAAGCAGAUAUCAAUACCACAGCCUGCGAUCUCGUUCGAAAGCCCAUAUCGUUCGACAUGUUCCAUUCCGGCCUCUCUUGGAACCUCCGUGUCGACCCACAGGCCGCGGGCGAACGGCGGCGGUGAUUCCCCUCGCAGCACUCGCAGUGCGCCAUGGACUCAGCCGCACACUGCGCGCGGUCUGUUCGGUCCAGCACCGCCUAGUCCGCGUUCUGUGCGAUCUGGACGUUCGAGCGGCACAGCAACCGGAGCAGGAAGGCAUUACACGCCAGCAGGUCAAGAUUCUAGACACAGGUCGAGUUCGGUUGACAGUCAAAGCUCUAAUGACUCCAGGAGCUGUAGAAGGCACAGACAUCGAUCACGUCGUACAUCAGACAAUGACAGCGAAUUAUCGCGAAGUUCUGGCAGGUCUCACAGGAAACAUAGAAGACACAGGUCGCGGCAUAAGCGUAACGAAUCGGGUAGUGAGAAUGAUUCCAGACAUUCAAAGUCGCGCAGCCGAAGGCAUUCAGCUACGAACUACGAGCUCGUAGAAUCCGAAUCGCAAUGGCUAGAAGUGCAACGCAAGCAGCAAGAGUCAGGUGCGAUGGUUCAGCAAGCAUCUGUCAGAAAAAGCGGUCAAACUUCUAACAGCGCUCAUAAUACCGCAACAGCGACUAUUAAUAACAACGGAAGACACUAUCACCAUCAGAGUAAUCCUGGAAAGACACAAAACGACCCGGAACAUUCUGGCUACCAUACUAGCGGCAGGAGCCGCAGGCACAGAAGCAAGCAUGAUGGUUCAGGUGAUAGAGAAUCUAGUAGAAAACCAUGGCCUGGCGAAUUAACUAAACAUUUAGAAUGGGAAUUGGUCGACACUUCCGGAAUGACAGAAGAACAGAGGAGAGAAAUACCUUACACUGUUGUACAGACCAACCACAGUAGGAUUAGAGUCAGGGCUAAGCACUCAUCUAUCAAAGAAGAGCCAGCAAUAAUUUCACCAAAUAAUUCACCACAAAAGCAAAAUCCAAACAGUUCAUCAGUGAAUCAGCAACAAUCUAAAAUUGAAUACCAAAACAGCGCAGGAGGUUCUAUAAGGUCCUCUAGCACUAUAAGUUCUACCGGAAGAAGUAAUAGAUCUGUUACAGUGCAAAAUGUUGAUCACAGAUUACCACGCAUGAUGAACAGUCUAAGCAUGAACGAAUUCCAAUCCGCUUCCUCCGGACAACAGCAACAACUUCGCACGUGCUCCGCUCAAGUGUCCAGUUCGGCUUCUUCGUAUUCGCUCACGAGUGGAGCAGCAGGCGUUGCGUCCUGCAUCGGCGGUAUCGCGUCAGGUGCAGCAGGAGGCAGGUCUAUGAACUGUGCUCCAGCUCAUGGCAGUGGUGGCACUCUGGGUAGCGCAGGCGGACAUAGUUCAAGUGGCGAAAGCGGCGCAGCCCUACGAGUGUCGCAUGAACACACUGACAGCGGUCUAGGAGCGGAGCAGGAUUAUGCAUACAGCAGCGAAAGAUCGAGUGACAGCGCAAAGUACGCAUCGAACGCGGCCAGCGGAUCGGGUUCACCAAACGUGAGUACUAUACCCCGUCGACCACACAACAGUGGCGAUGUCGGGCAACAUCAUCAACAAAAAUCUACCACUGCCAAUAAAACCAACACAUCAUCUUCUGUACAUAGUAGUAGCUCUUCGACAACUACUCCUAAUCAUCAGCACCAAACCAACAAUAACAAUAAUUAUUAUAGCUAUGGCCAUAGCCAUAAUCGCCGUGCUCAAAACGGCUCCUCUAAUAACACUGCUUAUCCUAACAUGAAUAAAAAGCACAACACGGUGACAGACGAAUAUCACUUUCGGCACCAGCAACAGGGUACUUUGGGUAAAAAGCACUGGACUCAAAAUCAAAAAUCACAAAACUUUGCCCCUGGUAACGUCACAGCAUACAAUGGAGGAGGUGGCACAUUAGAUAACCGAAGGCACGCCAGCAAACAUCGAGCGAACGCCACUGGGCCGCUGCUCUAUGUCGAGGCUAACGGGAAUUCGGUAUUCGCUGGGGCAGAACCAUUAAAUAGCAACAAAGAAAAUGCUGAAAUGAGCACAGAAUUGUGACAGUUUAUGAAUUGCACAAAGUUUUGCCUUCGCAAUUAUAGUAUUGAGUCGUCUAAUAAAUCUCUUAAACCUUUUAAACCAAGAUACAUCGAAUGAAAGUAUAAUUAAAAUAUGUUAUUCAAAUAUUUAUUCACUAUCUUAGUCCAUCAGGUUAUUAUUUAGUCCAAGUAA